AUGAAAGCAAAAUCUUUCGUGUAUAUGUUGCUGUUCUGGAUUCAAAAGGUUUGUAACAAUUCAUAGUUAUUUUAUUAAUUUUCAAAAGGAAAAAUAUCGUUUCCAAAUGUUUUCACAUUUAGUCAAUAUCAACACCACGUUUGUCUUUUCAAAGGAACAUUUCGGAGUUUGGUUCGUUAAAGGUGAGUUUUGUGUAUUCAUCUUCUUUUAAAACUUCAAUCAUAUCAUCUUGAGUCAAAUUUGCAACAGCAUUUCAUGAAAUACAACGUACGGCGAUCGCGUUUUGAACAGAAUAACGACAGCAAUGAUGAGAUGUUGAAAAUGGUGAAAAUGGGAUAUAAAUAAAAAAAUUUAUUGACGAAUUGCGCUCCACAUAUAAUUUUGGUGCAGAAUCACGACUGAAAAUCCGAUGCCAAAAUAUCUAGACACUAUGUAUUCAAAUUUGGGCAAACUAGAUUUCAUGGCAUCAAACACAACUGUAGGGGGCGCCGGAAUUCCCAUCAGGGAGCUUCAGGGGCAUUUUAAUCUUCAUAGUUUAAUAAAAAAAAUUUGAGUAAAAUAUGCCCAUCGUCUCCCUUAAAAAAAAAAAAAACAAAAAAAAAAACAAAAAAAAAAACAAAAAAAAACACCGAAAUUUACACAAAGUUGAUCCAAGUUUGCGGCAUGUUUACUUGUGUUUAGAAACAUCCGGACACCCACUUGAUGGCAGAAGAACAAUCACGAGCUAAUUCUACUGUGGUCGGCUAUGCAUAUAAGUCUUUUUAAAAAUUCCUAAAUAACUUGAUCAAUAUGCAAUGUUUAUUUGGUGUUUAAUUAUGUCCCAGAAUGUUUUAUGGACUUCAUUAAUGUGCGCCUCUUAUUAUCAGGAAGUUGUGAUUCACCUCUGGGACUUGGGGACCAUUCCAUUCCGGACUCGUACAUAACAGCAACUUCACAGUAUGAUGCAUUUCAUGGUCCAGGUCUUGCAAGACUUAACUGGGUCCGGAACUCCUCUCAUGGAGGUGCCUGGUGCUUCAAGUACCACUUAUCAGGCGAAUGGUUACAGGUAAAACGUAAUUUUUUCACAAUUUUCAUGAUGAUUUCAGCUUGUUGAGCAAGAGAUAUUCUUUAGGGGGCUAGUUUGGUAAUCUCGGAGAGAUCUUGAGCAAUUUGUGGUCGGCGAUUCCUUCCCGUCCCCUCUCUGAGCUUCUUCCUCAAUACUCCUAUUCCACUUCCUGAUGUCCAGAAAUCAUGCACGCAGUAACGAAAAUUUGUUAAAAUCGUCCGGCAAGUCCGUCGAGCUGAUUUCGCUUUGACGAAUUUCGCUAAAAUUCGGCAAAAUCGCCCAUUUCACCAAGCUGAUUUCGUUUUGACAAAUUUGACUAAAUUUCGCCAAAAUCGUCAAAUCUACAUACAUUCGCUCGGUUUGACGAAAUUUCGUCAAAUCUGCCAUUUUCGUUUGUGUGCGUAUUUCUGGACAUAAGUGGCACCUCCUUCAAGAUCUCUCUUCUCUUCUUCCUUUUUACGUAUCCUCUUUAUCUUCUCCUCUUCCUCAUUAUCUCUUUUGAUUCCUUAACCUGCAAUGCAGGCGUCUUGUUAGGGAGAGGUAACGUUAAGAAGCGCGCGAUCGUUUUUUCAACCGGCCAAGUUUGAUUUGGACUUCGACGAUAGGGAAGUGAACGGGGAAAGGCGAAGAGACAGACAGAACAGACUGACUCUUUCAUCUAACACUUUUUUAAUUCAAAAUCUCCAUAAUUUCAACCACAGGUUAACUUAAGAAGGAUAAUGAAGAUAACAGCGAUUGCCACACAAGGGAGACAAGAUCAUCCUCAGUGGGUUAAAUCAUACAGACUUUGUUAUGGACAAUCUCUGAGCGGCUUUUGUGAACCACUCAAUCAGGUAAUGUCACUGGGGCUGAUUGUCGGAUAAGGCUUGAGUACUUAGUUGUGAAUAUUAAAAUGAAAACUAAAAUUAAUGUAAAAAGCAUCAGUGAUUGACUAAACAAACAACAAGCAAGCUAAAAUUGUCGGCCGUAACUGGACCGUUUUCUUUUUUCGAGUAUGAACGUCAUAAAAAAGCUCUCCGAAUUUCUGAUGUUCAGGCCUUUUGCACAAUAGCUCCUCAGCUGGCACCUUCAUGGGUACUUAUGCGAAUGAAGUCACUAUUUGAGUAACACUAGCGAUGUUUCAUUGCCGUAAAAAUGUGUCCGUUUGUUGUUGAUCAAUCAAAGGAAUUUGUUGGAAAUGUGGACAGUCAAACAGUGGUUACUCAUCAGUUUACCACACCCCUUUACGCCCGCUUUGUGAGGCUUAUUCCUGUAUCAUGGUAUGCACACGCUUGCUUAAGGCUCGAGCUUUACGGCUGCAAGGAAGGUGGGUCAAUUAUAUUGUUUAUCUUCUUUCUAAAGCUACUUCAUAACCAUGGAUCUAAAGCAAUAGAACGGUACAUCUACAAAAACAUCAUUCAGCACAAUCGAAGAAGACAAAAGCUUCUGGAACUCAACCAGAAACGAUCAGAACUCAUCUCAAUACCAAACGGGAUAAUUUUUUAUUAUCAACUGAGUUUGUAAGGUAAAUAGUCACCAUAAAACCAUAAAAUAAUUUAAAAGUUGACUUUCCGAGCGUUAGCCCCUCGUCAGAGCGAUGAACGAAGAGCUAACGCUCGAAGCUUUUAAACUCUUUACGGUGGCCAAUUUAUGUUAUCAACUCAGUUGAUAAUACUACAUUACCCAGCCAUACUCUCCCACAGACACAGCAUCACAGUUUCUUUAAAAACUAACCCCCCUUUAAUACCAAACCUUUUUAUUUUGCCAUUUAAAGCCUUUUUGAGUUAAAACCUCCGCAGUUACAUCAUCAUCAUCUUUUGAUCUUUAGAAAUUACUGUUUGAAACAGUUUAGGAUAUUUGGAGUUACUUUCUUAACUGAGUCUAAAUAAGAUCUUGAGUAUACAAUUUUAAUGUGUUGCAUAUGGCUAUUUCAUCUCGAUAAAUAGGUUUCACUCCACUGUCGGGUCCUGUGUGUAUGGAAAGUCUUGGAAUGGAAACCAGAAAAAUCCCUGAUUCCGACAUCACGGCAUCAUCGGUUUGGAACUCCUAUCACGGACCCCACAAUGCAAGGUUUGUGGAGUGUCGAUAAAAUAGUACAGUAUUGUGUAAAAUGACUUGAUCAAUACUGUGUGAGAUAGUGUUAUGUUACGUGAUCUAGUGUGGUGUUCAAGAUAUAUAAAACAUGAAAUCAUAAAGAAGGACAGUAUAGUUGUUUGCACUGUGAAUUCCUGCUCAGGGUCUGAAUCAGAAACUUCCCUCUCCUUUCUUUCUAACAUUACCAUUAUUUAACAGUUAAUUCACGAGUUGUGUUAAAUAUGAGAUGGUACAUAGCAAACGAAAUCCUACGGGCCUCGUUGACUUUAAUCAUCUCAUUUUCAACGAGCGCGAGUGAAAUAAUCGUUUUAUUAAGAACGCCCCAAAAUAUAGCUAAAUAUUUCCAACUUCAUUUUGUAAAAACAACCGGAAUGUUGCAAUGUAAAGAAAAACCUCCGGUUUAACUCGUCUUCAUGCGCGCGCAUGGUAUAAUAUACACUUAAUGUUUGGUCCUUCGGGAAACUAGUCCCGAGGGACCAUACCUUGAGAGCUUGGUUAUUUAUUUAGACUUUCCCUUAAGCAAUCAUAUGGCAAAAACAUACAGACAAAGACGGCACAAAUUCUUUAUUCACAGUCGUCAAUCCUGCUGAAUGAAUAAGUCUAACGUAAAUUACAAAUGUUUGGAAGUACAUGAAAAAGCAAAUAUGUUUUUGUAAUCUCAAUAAGAAAUACAAAAUAAUUUGGAAAUUGUAAAAAUUGAUGGUAACAUUUGCUCCAAUAAAUGCUUUUUUAUUCGGCGCGCGGGCAACAACUGCGCAAUUGUAUCCUGGAUGGGACACAUUUGAAUUUGAUCAGGGACACGUGACUAAGAAUCAACUAAUCGCAGUUUUGUUGAGUGAAAAUGUCAAGGUAUAUAGCAAUGGUUCAUAUAUCAUGAUGGCCGUUGAAAACUCUUGAAUUGCAUUAUCCAAUGAUCUAAUUUUUAAAACUUACAUUGAGAUCAAUAAAGUUAACGAAGAUCUCACGAGGGUCUGUUUCGCAAAUAACUCUCACGUGGAGAACCCAUAUGCAUGCGUUGAUCAUUUGUCUCUCACAGUAUGUAACACGCGAGGAUGUCACACGCGUAGCGCGCGAGGCACGCGUAUCACAAGACAGCUUUCGCUGAGAAAGGCAUCUUCAUGAAGCGAGCAUAAGUUCAUCCUGAGAGUUUCUCGAGUGCGAAAAAAUUAAACGGUGUUAGGUUUCCCCUACAGCGCUCAAUAGGGUAGAAUCUUUUUAUCUGAACUCAUUUUGUACCAAAAGGAAACUUGAAAAUUUGCUGUCGGGAUUUGUGUCGUAAAGAAUUGGAGUUUUUGCAUUAUUGUUUUGCAAAGGGCAGCCAGGAAAUGUACAAGCUCUAACAAUCAUUAACAGAACCAUUGUUCUGGAGCCUUGAUAUAUCUGUUUCCUUGAAGACAUCGCCGCCCUGAGUUGCCUAAUGCCCUUGCCGAGAGGGCGGAUACCUUAAGUUUGAAUAUAAAUUUAGGUGAAUUAGCCAUCGUGUAAGGCUUGCAGUCUUUUGGAUUGAUACUCUGUUUCUCUUACAGACUACACAAGCAGGUUGCUCCAAACUCCGCAGGUGGGUGGGCUGCACAAAUUAGCGAUAAAAAUCAGUGGUUACAAGUGAAAUUCGGUCAGCGGGUAGAAAUCAGAGGUGUAGCCACCCAAGGAAGACACAACGUCUACCAGUGGAUGACGUCAUACUCCUUGCGCUACAGCUCUGACGGCAUGGUGUUCCACCACUAUCAGACGAAUACAAAACAAACGGUCAGUUUAUUUCAGUUUUUCCAGUUUUUUUCAGCGCUCUCGUAAAAUCAGUUUUCUCUGGUUUGUAUCUUUUUGUUAGUGUAUCCGUAUUUUCAAAACUCAUGCAGUUCGAAUUUUAUUUGCUCAGAUGUAAUUAUAACCAUGCCGACAUUCAACUCUACCUCGGAGGGUUUCCGUCAUGAUUCGGUAUAAUGAAAUGACAAACGUUCGGGCGUGCGAUGACGAAUAAUUAUGUGAAAUUAUUUCUUUGUACUUCAUAAUUUGGCCUUAGCCACCACCUUAAAAUUUAAAUGCUAUAAAUUCAAUUUUUCAAGACUGUUGGCCAAUAAAAAAAAAGAUUUCCUUGAGAAAUCGAAUCUCCGGCCUUGGAAAUUCAAAAUGGGCGGAUCUGACCACUUUCCCUGGUGGGAGACUCUAAUAUUUCAUUGUUCGACGCUGAUGGCUAUCUAGAUGUGAUCAAUUCUUUCUUCAUUUGACGUCUGAGCUCUAGCUUUGCCAUCUUUCUCAUUUCUUAGCGAUCAGUUUGUUUCUUCGUCUCAUUUCCAAAUAGGUAUUCAAUGGUAACACGGACAUUGGUACUGUGGUAAGCCACGUUUUGAACCCACCAAUCACUGCCCGCUAUAUUCGUGUUCAUCCUGUCACGUGGCAUAAUCACAUUUCUUUUAGGGUGGACUUUUACGGGUGCUUUCCAGGUAAAGGCAUACGUCAAAAUCUUUUUUCGAUGUAAUUCUAACACCAUUCUAUCACAAAUUCUACAAUCUGAUUGGCUAAUUUACUCGCUAUCUAUUCCACGUCAGUGAGUGAAGUGAUUAGCCUGACAGAGCAUGACUGUAAACAAAACAAAAUAAAAACACGCGCUAGAACGACUAGAUUAUCAGCCCUCAUCGACAAUCAUGCGAUGUUAACAUCGAGCUCACAAUCUUAUUGUUAACUAGGUUACGGUUACGAGAUGGGUGCUUUUUUCAUUCGCUUAUGGAAAUGAAGGCUAAGAAAUAACCACUGAAGCUUUCUUGUAAUAUAAUUGGCGCAAACCUUUUUUGCACUAACCAGUUUUAUUCUGACUACGACGCCAGAUGAACAAAGAUGAGUCAUGCUUUUAGAAAUUUGACACGGGAAAGAAAUAAAAGAAUACUGAAAAACUUGGAAUUUCACUGCUGAUGAUUCAAUCUUUUACAUUAAGAGUGUAAUCUGUUUUUUUAAGACCCUCCAGUUCCAGUUGCAGUGUACCCUCUAAACGAAGAAUUUGGCACACGAGACCUGAGUCCUAAUCAAAAUGAACCGGGUACUCCCCACAAUUUCCAGCUCACCCCAGGUCCCUUUGGGCGUCCAAAUGGUUCGUACUGGUUGUCUGGUACUUCCUCUAGCUAUAUUGAAUUCCCCAACGACGGAGGAUUGGACACGAGAUAUUCCUUCACAUCUUUAGUGUGGGUAUUCCCAGAAAACGUCGACGGUCCUAUCGUCAAUUACGGAACCGAUAACUUUGGUGUUCAUCUUUGGAUAGCAGAUAAUAAGAUUUUUGCCAGAUCGAUGACGAGACUGGGAGGUUUAGGACCAGUACAAGCUAAAUCUGUACAGCAUCAUGCGUGGAAUUUUAUUGGAUUUUCGUAUGACUAUGACAUAGGCGUUCAAAAACUCUGGAUCGAGGGAAAAGUUUACGAUGUGUUAACAGCUGAUCAGUUUGAACAAAGAACUCAAGAUAAUAUAAGAAUGGGGAAGAAAGAUGGCGAUUGGAGAUUUUUUAAGGGGAGAAUAUCGUGCUUACAACUAUACAACAAAGCUUUGACGGAAAGAGAAGUACAAGCUGUAAGAGGGAUGUGUUUCAGAAAAGGUUGGUCCCCUCGCAACUGUCUCUUGCCAACCCAAACAUGGUUUUUAAAAUUCAGUGUUGAAAUAUUGCAUUUUUAGUGAGCGAAAGUGGAAUAAAUUAUAGUAACGCAAUAUCUAGACCUUUCUAGAUUUCAGGAAUACCAAGAGGAUUGUGAAUGGCCAAGAUUUAGCUGCAAAUUCGAAAAAUGAUGUGAUGCAAACAAAGUAUCGGAUUUCCAUUAAUCUUGAAUAAAAGUUCCAGUCAACACGCGAGAUACGUGUACCAUCCUUGUUGAAAGACCAAAAACCUUGAGAUUAAUAGUUUGAGCAGAGCCACCUUAUAAAUGAGAGCGUGACUCACAGCUUUAUCAUAUCUUGAUAGUGAGAAAUAUUUUCCUUCCAUUGGGAAAAGCCCUCACACGGUAGUAUAGCCAAUUACUCUAGAAGAUUUUGAGAACAAUUGGAAUAUAAAAAGGCUUUCCAAGCGUGAAGGGCAAGCUAUUUCAGCUAGUGUUACGUACAAAUAGUGUAUGAUGUUUAUUUUUUUCAUGUUUCUGCCUUGUGGUGAAAAUUUUUUUUUGUAAAUAAGUACAAAAUACUAGCGAAAUAAGUCACGAAACCAUUCUUGUGCUCAUUUUUUUUUUUAGUUCCAUUAAAACCUGUUGCUUUUUUCCCAUUGAAUGGACAAUACGAGACAACAGACAUCAGCCACAGCCACAACCCUCCAGGAGAGGCGUCGAAUGUUGAAUUAGCCCCAGGGCCUGACGGUUGUGAUGGAGGCUCGUACCAGUUCAAGGGAAUGGAAACAAGCUUCAUCACGUUUACAAAUACUGGAGGACUUGACACCAGGUAUUCGUUCACGUUUCUGGUGUGGAUCUACCAAGAACACACUAAAGGUCCGAUAUUCUAUUAUUUUGCACCUGGCUAUUAUGGCGUUAGAUUAAUGGUCGAUGAACAGGGCUCUUUCCAUGUCAACCUGCGCACAUCACAAUCAGCGGCCUUGAAGGUGCUCAAAGCAUCUGUUCUUGAAGAAAAGAAGUGGCACUUCAUUGGUUCAUCUUACGAUUACGUCAGUGGAGAAUUGAUCCUUUGGGUAAAUGGAAGCGUCCAUAAGAAAGUCAUCAUUGACUCGCCUGCUGAGCUGGCAACACAAGCAAAUGUUACCAUGGGUGGGCUGCCCGGGGAAGCUGGCCAAUACAGCGGGAGAUUUUCAUGUUUUCAGCUUUACGACAGAGUACUGACCGAAAGUGAGAUUGAAAAUGCCAAACAAUUGUGUUCCACCACAGGUAAUCUUAGAUCUGGCCAUUCUUAAUCUACUAACAUGCAUUACUUGUGCGUUUUCUUCCUAAGUUGCAUUGCAAUGGCUCUUGCUCUAAAAGUUGAUGAUUCAGCCUCUACCACGCUUUGCAAAAACUCUUCGCCUGCAACGUUAUCAUACACUGGCACGAAAUUGACGUUUAAAGCACUGAAAUCCUCGGUCAUUCCUUAAAAUGGAAACAGUGUUUUUUUCUUGAAAAUGCAACACCUUGAUUCUCAUUACAUAUCUUAUUACGGAUCUUUUACAUAUCUUAACGUUACUUUUUUUCAACUCCUUUCAGGAAGGUCGGAUCCCAACCAAAAUGUUUACAUUGGCGAGGCAGUGGAUUUAAAAUGCGACACUUUGGAAGGGAAAACUGCGCGCUGGAGCAAGGAUAGCACUGUAAUUCAAGAGAGAAGCGCCGGCUAUGGCACGAGCCUGGUCAUCAGCUCUGUUCAGCCACCUGAUGAAGGAACAUACACUUGUGACAUCAUCAACGACGCGGGGGAUAUCCAAGCGUCUUACAGUGUCACUCUGAGAGUGGAGGGCAAGUAUUUAACUAUCUAAUAGAUUUUGAUAAUUGAAAAAAUGUGAAAAUGGAGUGAUGAACUGUAAGUUUUUUUCGUAAAUGGUCUAGAGAAGCCUUACCAUUCUAGAUAAACCAAAUUAAAGACUUAUGAAUAAGAGCGGGACACCACUUACCAAUAAUAUUGGCCAAAUAAUGACUUGUGGGGCUCUUGGGAAGCGUUCACUACUCAACGCUAACAUGUCAUUUUGAUAAGCAGUCGAGGGAGAAAAAAAUAUAUGAAAAUUUUAAGCUCGGUGUUUUAGUUUUAAUAAAAAUGGUCAUAAACCCAUUUAUCACUUAACUAGAUGCAUUUUUAAUUGAUCUUAGAUCCAAGUUCCCUUUGCUCCGAUUUGAAAGCUGAAUCGAGCAGCGUAUGGAAAUCCUGGAGUGUUUUGCCUCCUUCAAAUUAUAGUCGCGAAUAUUACGAGGGGAAAUGGUUCCGGGCAGAAAAAGGAGCAGCCAUGACAAGUUCAUGUAUCUUGGAAGAAACCUGUGGUGUCCAAGCUCCUAGCUGGUUGAAUGGUCCAAAUCCGUCCAGAGAGAUGGGGAUUAUUCAUAGUCAAGUCUGUAUGAACUUUCGAAACCACUGCUGUUAUCAUUCAUUGCCUGUUCAGAUAAAGAAAUGCUCCGACUUCUUUGCUUACAAGUUGCAGGAAGUUCAUCCAAUGAUACCUGGAAGAUACUGUUUCACAACAAAUAAUUUAGGUUUGUAGAUAAACUACUUUUCUCUCAAAAGGAAUAAAAACGAUUAGUAGAUACCACCAGGUGAAAAGUGCUUUUUGCACGCGCUGAUUGGCUAGUUCAAAGGAAUAGCAAGUCUUAUUCACCUCGCUUUUUGUGAAUAAUCGUUAAUUAUCUCUAUGAAAUAAGUCCAUGCUAUUCCAAGUAAAAUGUCUCAUGAGACUCUUUGGGGUAUUCCGCGAAAAACUCAGAUGAAUUCCCUAGGAGCAUCGUGACGUCUAUUUUAUUGGGCUCCGUGAAAAAGAGGACCAAAUACCCCAUAGAAUUUCUUGGAAAAUGUUAAUUAAAUUCCAUGGAAUUCUAAGGAGUACCCUGGAGACUGUUUUAAUUACUUUCUUUAAAGAAAUCGAACGUUCUCUUGAAUCAUGUUGAUGAAAAAAGCUUUAACCAAAGAGAUACUCUAAUGUUCGAAAAUUCAUGGUACUCUAUUAAAGUUUUAAAAUUUAAUUUAAAAGGAAUAUGAUGUUGAUCUGAGUGUUGUAAAACUAUGAAAAGUGGGGCAAAAGUUACCUGGAUAAGACGGACAUCUCUUGCAAAAUAACGAUAAACCUCGUUUGAAUGUCAUGAUGUUCGAUGAUGUUAUUACUCAACAAUCGUUCUAUCCAGUACAUCCACGUGAUGUAAACGACUGGUUUACCCUUUUUGUAUUCAAGAAUGCUUAAGAUAAAUAAUAACGAUCAAUUACUAUUAGUCGGUGAGUUUUUCAGUUACCUGUUUAGUGCAGUAAUUCGGACUUCAAUAUCUGGAGAUACUCCAAAUUGCACAGGUUGUCACAAAGUCGGCUAAGAAAAUGAUUUUCAUUUUUGUUCCCAUUAUUCCCCUUAUGUUUCAGACUUUGUCGACCGAAUCAACAAUGUCAUGUUUACUUCUUCUGGGGCUGACCGUUUGUUGAAUGGUCACAAGAUCGCCAUUGUGGGGUCAGUUGGUAACUCUUUACAGUGCAUGCAGGACUGCACAAACGCCGCUGACCGCCAUUGUAAGUCUUUCAGCUAUAGGAAGCUAACAAGAGAAUGCCAGCUGAACAACGAAACAGCACCGCAGGAAAGAUCUGGCAUGGAGAUGAAAGUUGGAUACAACCAGUACGAUAUCGCUAAAAGCGAAAUGAUAAUAUUUCCAUAA